GAUUCAUUGGCGAAUCGGACAACACUACCACUAAACCCAACUCGAAAGUUCUGUAGUUAGAAAAUCGCAGUCGUUACUCAUUUUAUUUUUUUAAACUUGCUAUUGAAUUUUCUGACUUAACCCACACGGAUGGGAUUUAUUUCACCAAGCUUUGUACGGAGGACGUAAUAAGAUUAUGCACUUUAAAUCGCAGGCUGCGAUAGCCCGUCCUCUGGAUUGUUUAUGUGGUGAUUUUACCUGUAAGAGUUGAGUGUGCGUGAGUGGCAUGUGUUUGGAGACAUGCCUCAAGCCACAAGGACCAAGAAACCCGACGUGAAAGUCGUCAUUCUGGGGGACAUGAACGUAGGAAAGACUUCUCUCCUCCACAGAUACACGGAGAGGAAAUUUAAGGACACUAUAAGCACAGUCGGAGGGGCGUUCUUUCUCAAACAGUGGGGACCCUACAACAUAUCCAUAUGGGACACUGCAGGUCGAGAGCAGUUCCAUGGUCUGGGCUCCAUGUACUGCCGUGGCGCGGCUGCAGUCAUCCUCACCUAUGACGUUACCAACUGGCAGAGCCUCGCUGAGCUGGAAAACCGCUUCCUGUCCCUGACUGACACUGCCAACACUGACUGCAUAUUUGCCAUAGUGGGUAACAAAGCAGACCUUACCGACACUCUCGCUCAAGGGCCAGACACAGAGAGUGAGCAAGGGGACAAAUCCCAGUCUGUGGUCAUGUGUCCGACUCCUCCCGCCACUCCACUCCAGCACAAACAAGUCAGCAGAGAGGACGCUGUCGCUCUGUAUGGCCGCGUGCUGCGCUACAAAGGCCUGGAGGAGAAGGCCUGUCUGCCUGCUGAGAGAAUGUGCUUUGAGACAAGUGCUAAAACGGGUUACAAUGUGGAUGUUUUGUUUGAAACCCUCUUUGAUCUAGUUCUGCCCUCCAUCCUGAAGAAAAGGAGUGAAGGAGAGAGUUCAACUGUGGACCUAGAGAUGCCAAUGGAGGUGAAAAGGACUAAAGCAGGAUGUUGUGCCUAGAGCCGAACAAACAUAGGAAACGCGAGGAUUAUGGGAAUGUGUUGUCAAUCAGUGCCAAAGGAGGAAUGGAUAUAAAUUAUACCACCACUAAAUUUAAACUGACACUGCUAUGUGUUUUUUUGUUUUUUUUUUAAUUAAUAAAAUAAUAAACAGUAUUGAUACAAACUUUUUUGGAGGGAAUUAAAAGAUAGUAGCACUUGGUGAUCUUGCUGAAUAGUUUGUUUGUUCAGUUUUAAUUAUGUGGAAUAGUUUUACUUUUUGUUCUUUGCAUUAAUGGAAUAGAAUGGUCAUGAUUUGUUUUUGUUUUUUUAAUUGAAAUUAUAUCUACAUUAUAUUUUGUGAAAAUUAUAUCAACACUUUCUGAUACUGCCUCUCUUAUUCUAAUGUGAGAAAAAUAAAAAAAUUCUUAAAUCUUGGAA